GGUUUGUGGGCAGCGACCAGCGGUGCAUGCCGGGACUCGUAGUUUGCAUCUCCUGACGCUAUCCCGGCAGCGGGCUGCAUUGCAUGCCGGGACUCGUAGUUUCCUGACGUUAGACCGACCCGCGCGGGGGACGGCGGGAGUGGAAGUACACACUCCUCUGCGCAUGCCGGGAGUCGUAGUCCCGAGACGCCGGGACCCGCGGGGCGCAACCGUCGUCGAGGGCCGCGGCCGGCGCCCGCUGCAGGACCCGCAGUCCGCCGUCUCCACCCCGAGGCCGGCUCCCGGACCCGCGUCGGCGUCCUGCCGGCCGUCCCCCACGCACGCACGCCGCGACGUCACCGCCCUCCCGGAAGUGGGCGCGGGCCGGGCCGGGCCGGCGCCGAGCGGGAAGUGCGCGCUGCCCCGGCGGGGCCGUCCGCGCUGGGCUGGGCGCCCCGACGCCGCCAUGGAGCCGCCGCCCGCCGCCGGGGCCGAGGUGCGCUGCCCGGGCCCCGCGCCGCUGCGUCUGCUCGAGUGGAAGGUGGCGGCGGGCGCGGCGGUGCGCAUCGGGUCCGUGCUGGCCGUGUGCGAGGCCGCCGGCCCCGAGGGCGGCGUGCGCCCCGCGCGGCCCGAGCGCAGGCUGCGGUCCGAGCGCGCCGGCGUGGUGCGGGAGCUGUGCGCGCAGCCGGGCCAGCUGCUGCCGCCCGGGGCAAUCCUCGUGAGACUAGAAGCAUGCAGCCACCCCGUGGUGAUGAAGGGCUUGUGUGCCGAGUGUGGCCAGGACCUGACCCAGUUGCAGAGCACAAAUGGGAAGCAGCAGGUACCGCUGUCAACGGCAACUGUGUGCAUGGUGCACAGCGUGCCAGAGCUGAUGGUGAGCUCCGAGCAAGCUGAGAAGAUAGCAAUGGAAGACCAGCAGCGACUGCAUCGGAACAGGAAGCUGGUGCUCAUGGUAGACUUGGACCAGACCCUGAUCCACACGACGGAGCAGCACUGUCCUCAGAUGUCCAACAAGGGCAUCUUCCACUUCCAGCUGGGCCGGGGCGAACCAAUGCUGCACACACGCCUGCGGCCGCACUGCAGAGACUUCCUGGAGAAAGUGGCGCGGCUGUACGAGCUGCACGUGUUUACCUUCGGCAGCCGACUGUACGCACACACCAUCGCAGGUUUCUUAGACCCUGAGGCGAAGCUUUUUUCUCAUCGCAUAUUGUCAAGGGAUGAGUGCAUCGACCCGUUUUCUAAAACAGGAAACCUCAGGAACCUCUUUCCGUGUGGAGACUCAAUGGUCUGCAUCAUUGAUGACCGCGAGGAUGUCUGGAAGUUUGCCCCCAACCUGAUCACUGUGAAGAAGUACGUGUACUUCCCGGGCACCGGUGACCUGAAUGCACCCCCGGGACCCCGGGAGCCUCAGGCCCGAAGGAGAGCAAACCCUUCUUGUAAAGGGACUGACAUCGCUGAGCCCACCUUGCCUGGGAAGGACUCUGAGGAGGGAAGGCACCUUCCUGGAAUGGAGCCGAGCAACGGCCUCGGAAAGCCUGCGAGGGAGCUGAAUGGUGGUGAGACCAUGCCAGGAGCCUCAGAAGGCAUAUCCCGCCUCGGGAAGGCCGAGGGCCUGGAGGCCUGGCCCUCUGGCCCGCGGGGAAGUCGGACCUCAGCUGUAACACAGCAUGCUCAGGGUGCCCCGGGCACAGACUUGGAGUUUGUCCUGUCCAGUGAUAGCGAGAGCAGUGAGUCCGAGGCCUCUGCCUCAGCGAGGGACGGUGAGAAGAGUGAUCGGAAGAAGCCAAAAGCCCUGCGAGAUGUUGUGAGGGUGCUGCCACAGGGAGGCACCCCCGACCCGGGCGGGGGCAAGCCCUCAGGCCCUACCCACACGGGGGAGCUUCCACCUAGCACCCUGGACAUGCCCGAGGAGGGCGAGCAGGGCAGCCUCUGUGGCCUGGGCAAUGGCUGUGCUGACAGGAAGGAAGCAGAGACUGAGUCACAGAACAGUGAGCAGUCGGGCAUCACUGCUGGCGAGUCCCUAGACCAGAGUGUGGAGGAGGAAGAUGAGGAGGAGGAGGACACGGAUGACGACGACCACCUCAUCCACCUGGAGGAGAUCCUGGCCCGCGUACAUGCCCAUUACUACACCAGAUACGACCAGUACCUGAACAAGGAGGUGGAGGAAGCUCCAGACAUGCGCAAGAUCGUGCCGGAGCUCAAGAGCAGGGUGCUGGCCGGCGUCGCCAUCGCGUUCAGUGGCCUGCACCCUGCUAACUUCCCCGUGGAAAAGACCCGGGAGCACUACCACGCCACAGCCCUUGGCGCCAAGAUCCUCACCCGGCUGGUGCUGAACCCUGACGCCCCUGACAGGGCCACACACCUGAUCGCGGCACGGGCCGGCACAGAGAAGGUGCGCCAGGCUCAGGAGUGCCACCACCUGCAUGUGGUCAACCCCGACUGGCUGUGGAGCUGCCUGGAGCGCUGGGACAGGGUGGAGGAGCAGCUCUUCCCACUCCGGGACAGGGACUCCAAGGCACAGCGGGAGAAUAGCCCUGCGGCCCCUCCAGACAAGCAGGCUGUGCCUCCAACCGCCCUGCAUCACCCGGCGCCCGUUCACGCUAAGGCCCCACCUGGCCCUGAGGUUCGGAUCUACGACUCCAAAACAGGAAAGCUCAUCAGAACUGGGGUGCAGGGCCCUGGGGCUGCACCCUGCAGCACCCUGCCCGCCCGUGGUGAGCCCUCUGCCUUCAGAGCUGCUCAGCCACUCCAGCCACAGAUGUUUGGUGGAGCAGUACCUGACAUGUGCGAUGGGGAGCACCCUGGCCCUUCCCGGAGAAAGCGACAGCCCAGUAUGUCGGAGACCAUGCCGCUGUACACCCUCUGUAAGGAAGACUUGGAGAGUAUGGACAAAGAGGUUGAUGACAUCCUUGGAGAAGGCAGCGAUGACAGCGACAAUGAAAAGAAGAAGCCGGAUAGCCAGGAGGAGGGGCCAGAGGGGCGACACCCACCCAUGAAGCAGGAGGCCUGGGGGGCCUGCAGGGAGCAGCCCCUCCGGUCAUCUGCACGCACUGAAAGGACGGGGACCAGCCCCCGGGGACCCAGAGGCCACAAGAGGAAGCUGAGUGAGGACAACGCUGCCAGCGACUCCAGCAGGGAGUCCAGCGACGCGGACGGGGAGGGCAGCAGCUCGGAGGCAGACGAGAUGGCCGCGGCCCUUGAGGCGGAGCUCAACGACCUCAUGUGACUGCGGGCUGUGCCAGGGGCUGCGUACCAUGCUGGCUGGCAGCCACCAGGCCAGCGCUCGCUGCCCCCUUUCUCAGAGACACAGUUGCAGAGCUCCACGUGCAGAAACACAUUAUUUUGCAGAAACAGGUGUUUUUAAGAAGUUUUACUACAAAGUACAGGAAAGUCUACUUUUUUAAGUGAGAGGGCGUACUCACCCAGCACUCCCUGUGCGGUGAGCUGCUCCUGGCC